AUGCCUCCCAGUGUUACAGGCUUCAUGUGGUACAGGGGGGAAGGGGCAAACUACGACCAUAAUAUUGCAAAUCUUGGAAUGUUCCGAACAGGUAGAACAGGGCCUGCAUCCAGCGGUCGAGAGCAAAUAAACUAUGAUGGAUCCUUGCAGUUAAAGAGGGUCACCCUGAAGGACACAGGAAUCUAUACCGUAGUAGUCUACCUUCCAGGCUAUAAAAAAGAAAUAGGAUUUGGACGGCUCAAUGUAUAUGAGCCAUUGAGAGUGCCCACUCUCAUAGCCAGCAACACCAUAGUCACGGAGCAUAAGGAUUCCGUGGUCCUGACUUGCUACACAAAUGCAGUCUCCACCCAAUGGUUCUUCAAUGGCAUGAAUCUGCAGCUGAAGGAGCGGAUGAAGCUGUCCUGGAACGACAGAACCCUCACCAUUGACCCCGUCAGGAGGGAGGAUGCUGGGAAUUACCAGUGUGAAGUAUCCAACCCCAUUAGUUCCGCUGACAGUUGGCCGGUUGAGCUGGUUGUAAAAUAUUAG